AUACUCAGCACUUUGUUACUAUGGCUACAGCGUCACUAACUUUUUUGACCUUAAACUCUGAUUUUCAAUAUCAACAAUACUCAGAGUAAUGUGGCACAAAAACGUCUACACACCUGCUGUUCGAUUAGGAAAUUGGUUUGAAGAUGUUGUUCUCGAAGAGGAAACUAUAAAAGAUUUCCUGCACAAGAAAUCUCAGAAUGAACUUUUGAUGCAGAAAACUGCCUUUGUUAAGGAAAAACUUCUCCAACCAGUAGAAUUGUCAGUUGUAAGUGAUGGCUAUGUGCGUUUUGGGAACGUUGUUCAAAUAAAGAACUUGGGUGAUCCAUCUCGGAUUUAUUUUGGAAGACCUCGAGUGGACUGUGUAUUGUCUGCCAAUUGUGAUACUGACUUGGUAUUCAAUGGAGGUUUGUUAGUCCCUCCUUGUAAAAUCACAGGUUCAAGACAGGCUUCUCCUUGUUUGAGAAACAGUUUUAUAAUAACCAGUGGCAAUGAAAGUGAUGAUGGUCAGCUGCUACACUAUAACCAAACAUUUUAUCUCAGAAUUCCAGACCAAAUCGGUGGACACCUGUAUUUACAAAGUGACCGAUUUGAUUUCUCCAAAUGUUCCCUACGUGCCCGCCACCAACAAGUCUUCCUCAGUGAUCAAACAAUGUAUUUGGCCAAGUGGCGAGUUCUUUAUUUCAACCAAUUACUCAGACUUGAACAUGACUACCAUCCUGUUUGUGCAAACAAAACAGUGAUCCUUAACCAUGUCUACACAAAUCAGAACCUCAAUGUUGAAGACACUUCUCGUUUGCUCAGCACUGAAUAUAAUGCUGAUUAUGAAAUCACAGCACACACACUUCUGGAUGAACAUAAAGCUGAGAAAGAGCAGAACCUUUGGCUUAUAACCACCAAAGAACCUGAAGGAAUUGCUUUGCCCCCUCGAUGCUUGAAGACACCUCCUCCUCCUCCUCCUGUUGUUCCUUCUACAGAGGAAACUAUUCCUGCUGUGAAAGAAGCUGAGACCAAACCUGCAGGUAUUUGUUGCUUAACCAUUUCCGAGGAAGAGAGACAAGGUAAGGUUCACGACCUUCAAAACGAAGAAUCGAGAUUACAUUCCCAAUACAUUGAGGAACAUACAAAAGCCCCUCGCUGUGGAAAGAAGGUUGGAUUUGCAGACAAUAAAGAGGACCUUCCCUGCAGUAACUGUAACCUUAGCAACAACAGCAGUAAUGACCACAACCAGGAUGCUGUUGCCCCAACUACAACACCUGUUGAAGCUAGUAAAAUGUAAUACAACAACAACAAUGACAGCAACAACAAUCACUUCCAUUAAAAUAUUGAAACUCCUCCCCCAUCACCAUGACAACAGAUACUGUAACUCCAGUUCUUUUGUUAAUUAAUAACAAUAAAUUAAACAAUGUGAACAUCAUUAUUAUUAAUAGCAGCAAUUAUUAAUCCAUCUUCCAAUUACAGUGAUUGCUAAAGUAAUUAACCACACUAAUUAAUAUUCUGUAGUUGAAACUUUGAUAUUUUAGAGAUGAUAAACAUUAAACAAUUGUUUAAAUUUAUUUAUAAUUUUCAA